GAUCGGUUAGAGUGAAGAAAGAAGAUAAGUAUUAUAUAGACGAAGGUUAUCUAUCCAUUAAAUCCAAAGAUUAAGAAUAUACAAAGUGAGAAAAAUAGGUACAAUGAUUAAAUCAAAUAAUAGUGUUUUAUUCGUGUACGUGUUUAUGUUCACGAUUCUCAUUGGUAUCGCUAAUGGCAUUGGUAAAUAUCGUGGCCUUGAAUUUUUGGAACCUUGUUCUAAAACCGAUCCUAAUUUGGAAGGUUGUCUUGCCAAAACUGCUAAUGUUUUAGUUGAACAUUUUCGACAGGGUCUGCCACAGUUAGGAUAUUCCGAAGUUGAACCAAUAAUUUUAGACGAACUUCACAUAGCUCUUGGAGGUGGUCCUGAUGGAUACAAAGCACAAUUUAUGGACAUAAAUGCCAAAGGAGUUUCAUCACUCAAAGUGACUGGUCUUAGAGCAAGAUUGUCUGACGAUGAAGUUCAAUUGCAACUGGUCCUUAGUAUUCCUAGAAUUAGGGCUGCUGCUAAGUAUAGGUCAAGCGGUACAUUGAUUCUGGUUCAGGCCAGCGGAGCUGGAGAUUAUUGGGGAGACUAUGAGGGAGUCAAAGCUAAAGUAUUUAUCAGAGCAAAACCGUUCAUUGUACAAGAUCGUCGCUUUUUGAGGUUGCAACAAUUAAAAAUGGAUUUCAGUGUCCAAGAUAUUAAAAUGGGUGUUGAAAACGUACACGAUGGCAAUACUAUACUUCAAGCCGCGUUGAACUUGUUUAUUAAUAGUAACAGUCAAGAAUUACUUAAAGAAAUGAAACCAGAUUUGAGAAGAAAGUUGGUCCAAGUUAUGUCGGGUUUCGUUGAGAAACUUUUCGCUCAAGUACCGUACGAUGCCUGGAUUACCGAAUAAGUAGGACAGAUGAUAUUCUUGAUCGUAUUUACGUUUUCGAUCAUCGAAUAUAGAUUGAACUUCUCGUGUAGGUAUACUUAAAAAGAGAAGCAAGCGUAUGUGUAUGUAAAUUUUUUAAGUUUUUGCAAACGUCUUAGUAAAUGCCUACAUAAAUAUGAUUUGUCUCUAAGAAGAGAAGGAAAGAUCUUAUUGGUUGAUCAAUUAUUAUUAUUAUUAUUAUUAUUAUUAUAAUUAUUAUUAUUAUUAUUAUU